CAUCAUGAGUUACAGCUACCAGUUCCCACGUUUGAAGGGUACAAAAUGAUUGUAUGUACUCUGACAGGAUGUCAGAUGUUGAGUUUAUUUGCAUGUGCCCCCAUGUUUUGGAGUGUCUUAUCACUUAGCGAUCAUUUCAGACGCUGGAAGCACUGAGACAAAUUUAAGACAAAGACACACACACACACACACACGUACACAUAUUUGUUUGUUUGUCUUUCAGAAAUGGUGUCCGAAUGCUGCCUUGGUGUCACCAAGUAUCUUGUUUUCCUGUUCAACCUCAUUUUCUUUUUCUUAGGAGCCCUCAUGCUGUCUCUGGGCGUGUGGAUCACCUGUGCUGAGUCCAGCUUCUUCUUGGAGCCCCCAACCUUCAUAUCUAUGUCCCUCCUCUCAUAUUUCCUGCUCAUUGGAGGCUCUCUGACCAUGACUCUGGGUUUUCUGGGCUGCAUUGGGGCCAUCCAGGAGGCCAAAUGCCUGUUGGGUUUGUACUUCAUGCUGCUCACCAUCGUCCUGGCUGCGCAGAGCGUUGGCGGAGUCCUCUUCAUCACACAGAGGAGCAUAUUUGAGAGCAGCCUGAUGGGCCACAUGUCCAUGGUCAUUAAUAUGUAUGGGAAGAAUGAUUCACAUCUGCAGCACUUUGAGAGGACGCUGGACUACAUUCAACAACAGGCAGAGUGCUGUGGCUGGGAGUAUCCAGCUGAAUGGGACAGGGGGGCCCCCUGCUCCUGCUACUACUACAAUGGCACACAGCACGCCUCCAACUCAAGCACCUUUUCAUCAUGUGUCUGCUCCCCCACAGACACCACUCAGUGUGUCAUGUAUAAGCAGGGCUGUAAGAGGCAGCUGGAGAGGUGGAUGGACGAUCAUAUGCUCAUCAUCAUGGUGGUGCUGUUUGCCCUGAUUGGAGUGGAGAUCUGUGGUAUGAUCCUUUCGAUGUGUCUGUAUAAAUCACACAGCAAGGAUGAUCUGUUCAUGAACUACUAAAUCAGAAGGAAGCAAUGGAGAGAGGAUCAGUGACCGAAGCAACACCCUCCAUGUUGUCAUGUAUUCGAAGCACUUGCAUACAUCUCAGUAUUUGAUACAUUGUUAUGAUUAUUUUUCAUUUGCUAUAGUUUAUUGCCAUUGCUGAUUUGUUUGAGUACAUAUUUUUUGUCUUAUAAUGAUGCUUGUUGUAUACCUUCCUGUAUAAGUAUGGCCUUGAUGUAGAUGUAACAUUUUAACAUUUUCCGUUUUAAAAUCUGCUCCCCGCUACACGGGGUGACUGCUCACUGUUUGUUGGUGCAUGAAGAACACGUUGCACUGAGAAAGCCCCGGUUCCUGUUUGGUUUGGCCCUGCUGUCUUUUGAACAGGAAGCAACCCCCGGGCCCAGGGUGGAACAGUCUUAUGUUACACCAUUGUUGCAAACUCACAAUAAAUGACCUCUUUUCUGUUCAGAUGAAACCUGUUUCCACACUCUAAAGACCUAGAUAUGUUCAGAUAUUAUUGACUUUAACACUAAAUGUGAUAUUCAUUCACAAGUCUAAUUACUUAAUUUUACACCUGCGUUAUCUCCAUGUUGUAGAUUAUUUAUCAUCAUCCAGUGUAACAUGGGAUGAUAUCAUUUUAAUAAGACCAAAACCAUGGUAGUGGUAGAGACCAUAUCAUUAUCAAUGAGUAUCGAUGAACUCGAUUUCAUGUCUGGGAACAUGGAGAGGCCCUGAGAGGGCAGGAGUGACCGACACCUGAUACUCCUGAGUAGAAGAUUUGAGACUAGAGCCAGUGGACAAAACAGUGCUCAAGUGUCAUUUAUAAAUGACAAUCCUUUUGCAUCCCAAACAGUUCACAGCACUUUUCCAUCACCCAGUACAGAGGUAAGGCAUCACUCUUAAUGAUCUCUUCAGAUAUACAGGAUACGUCCUGAAAUGAUUCAAUGUCCAUUGUACAGGCAGAAUGUUGAAUAUUGGCAAUGCUGUAAUAUUUCAAAGGAAUGAUAGCUCUCCCUUGAGAUGUUUUUGGAAACUCUACAAUGUUCACAGAGAAUGGUUACAUUAAUAUUGUGGUUUGAACAUAGAGAUACUAUUAUUUUAAAUGAUGUCAGUCCUAGACACAGUGCUUGAUUUUUGAUCUGUGGUACAAUUGGCAUAUUUACUGUAGUAUGUGUUUCAGCAGAUUAAUUACAUCCAAAACCACAUCCUGAUCCAAACACUUUGUUUGCUCACCUUCUGGGUCAUUUCAACAUUGUGUACAAUGGAAUAGUGUGUUUCUAAUGUGUGUGUGUAAAAUCAUAGGAUGACUUCUCUAUCCCUGGGAUUUAUUGUGCUCCUGGUUGCGUUCUGCGCCACACAAGCGCUGAAGUGCCACCACUGUGUGAACAUCAAUGAGGAGCACCCAGACUGCACCAGCAUGGAAGAGAGAGAGUGCAGCCCCAUGUUCACCCACUGCCUCAGGGUCCGCAUGCACCACCCCGCAUAUGGCGAGGUGCGUAAAUGUGCUACCCAGAGGGAGUGCGACAGCAAAGCGCCGGAGUUUGUGGAAAAAAAAUGCUGCACGGAGGAUCUCUGCAACUGAGAGGAAAGGCCUUCAUCGCCCGCACGGAGAAGAGUCUUCAUCUCGUUGAAACAAUUAUGCAUGUAGUAAAUUAAGCAUAUAGGAAAUAUAGCAUUCUGCCUCUGUAAGAGAUGCUGUUAGCGCUUUUCUCACUCUGAGGACAGCUGUUGGUCACGUGGGUGUGUAAGACAUGUAGGUCAGAGACAAUGUGUCCUGGCAAAGAUGAUUAAAAGAAGGAGGUGAGACUACAAUCAGGA